GGUAACUGUAUUUAUAAUUCAAAGAAGUCGGGGUAUUUAAAUCAUUGUUGAUGCUUUGCUGCCGAGCCUUGUAUUUGAUGUUAUCAUAAUUAAGUCUAAGAUGUUGAAACUUCGUAUUAUUAUAUUUCUAUUUAUUCUUUUAGUAACUAUUAAAGAAAUGCACAGUAAAAAACCAGAUAAAAAAGAAAAACCAGAUUGGGCUAAAAAAGAUAUCAGAGACUACACCGAUGCAGAUUUGGAGCGCUUAUAUGAUCAGUGGGAGGAAGAUGAUGAACCUUUAGAACCUGAUGAAUUACCGGAACAUUUGCGACCACCUCCUAAAAUAGAUAUGUCUAAUCUUGAUACAAAAAAUCCUGAGGAUUUAUUGAAAUUGUCCAAAAAAGGAAAGACAUUGAUGGCUUUUGUUUCUGUAUCUGGAAAUCCUACAGAACAAGAAACUGAAGAAAUAACUGGGAUUUGGCAAAGCAGUUUGAUGAAUAAUCACAUCAAUGUUGAUAGAUAUCCUAUUGGACCUAACCGAGUAAUUUUUAUGUUUAAAGAUGGCAGUCAAGCCUGGGAAGCUAAAGACUUCUUAGUUGCACAAGAGCGUUUAGAAGUUGUCACAAUAGAAAAUAAAGAAUAUCAUGGGAAGUAUAGUUCAAAGAAAAGCAAGAAGAAAGGUAAAGAAGAAUUAUAAAAAAAAUAAUGAACAUAUUAUAUAAAAACUUAUACUAUUUGUAUUAUAAGGAAUCUCAAAACUUUUGGAAAAAUGUAUAGUUGAUAAUUUUUGUAUUAUUU